AAGGCAACAAUCCACUCCUCCACCCCAGGCGACUUCACCACCGUCGAACAAGGCUCCUUCGCCUUCAGCGUCCCCUACACAACCUCCACCUUCCCCGCCGACCUGAACAACGACACCGACAUCGACACCCACGAAACCCUCCUUCAAACCAACACUCUCGGGCUGGUGAACCCCAACGGCACCGUCUGUCGAAUCGUGGAUUUCGCGCCGGGAAAAUCCCCGCUGAUGCAUCGGACCCAAAGCCUCGAUUACGGGAUUGGGGACAUUGCGGUGCAGAGGGCGACGAUGCAUGCGUGGAGGAAUCCGAGUGAAGAUAAGUGGGUGAGGAUGUUGUUUGUGUUGCAGGAGUGUAGGCCUUUGGGGGAGGAUUUGGGCGGGGCGGUGGAGUUGAAUCCUUCUUCGAAGGAGUAAAUUGACUCCGGGAUUAGAUCUAUCUAUUACUUUGUUAUUGUUAUUACAAGGAUGCUUUCUAUAGCUUGAUAACAACCUUCCCAAAAUGCCCCCCGCCCUCCAAAAACCCAAAUGCCUCCCUCACCUCCCCCAAACCAAACACUCUACUCACCACGGGUCUAAUCUCCUUCUCUUCAUAAACCCCCACCAUCUCCUCAAACCGAUCCCUCGGCCCAUUAAUAAUCCCCUGCAGGGUAACCGUCCUCCUCAACGCCAACAAAUUCACAUUAAUCCGAUCAUCAGCCUCAUCAUCCACCUUCCCAGACAAAUACCCAAUACAGUUAAUCAACCCCCCAAAGGCAAUACACUCGAAACUCUUCCGUAGAGUCUUCGCACCCCCCGUCUCGAGAAUAAUAUCCGCGCCGUGAUUGUUCGUAAGACG